AUGUUAGUAUUAUUAAUUAUUCUUUUAUUUUCUCCUUUCGUUUUUGUCGUACCAGAAUCAUUACCAUAUGCAGAAUGGGCACAUUAUCAUAUGGUUUGGUUACACGAUUCUCAUACAAAUCAAAUAGAUAUACAAAAUAUGUUCAAUGAUUAUAUUAAUCAUAAUAUUCGAUUUGGUAUUGUUAAUAUAGAUGCUAAUUGGGCAACAAAUUUUAACACAUUUGUAUUUGAUUCAACAAAAUUUCCAACAAUACGAAAUUUGCUUGAUAAAUUUCGUGAAAAAAAUAUUCAUAUUGUCUUAUGGAUGACAUCAAUGAUUAAUAUUGAUUCACCUAAUUAUCAAUAUGCACAAGAACAUGGUUAUUUAUUUAAUAAAACAAUUAAAUGGUGGCUUGGACAAGGACGCUUAUUAAAUUAUUUUAAUGCAGAAGCUGUUAAUUGGUGGCAUAGUCAAAUUGAACAACUCAUAGAUACAGUUGGACCUAUUCAUGCAUUUAAAGCUGAUGGUACUGAUCCAUAUAUAAUUGAAGUACUUGAUCCUCGCGUAACAUGGGAACGUUAUCGUACAGCUUAUUAUAAUGAUACAUUUCAAAUUUUACGUCGGUUAAUUGGUCCAGAUGCUUUAAUUAUGUCGCGUCCAGUUGAUAGUGAUCUCGAUUAUAGUCCACGUGAUAUUGUUUUUAUUGGUUGGGUCGGUGAUGAAGAUGGUACAUAUAAUGGAUUAAAAACAGCUCUUCGUUAUAUGCUUGAAAGUGGUCGCCGUGGUUAUGUUGGUUUUGGUUCGGAUAUUGGUGGUUAUCGAACUGAUCCUAAAGCUGGUAUAUUAGGUCGUACAAAAGAAUUAUUUCUUCGUUGGACAGCUAUAGGUGCAUUAAGUUCAUUUAUGGAAAACGGUGGUGGUGGUGAACAUUUGCCAUGGAAUUUUGAUAAUGAAACAACUGAUAUUUAUCGAUCAUGGGUUAAUUUACAUUACAAACUUGUACCUUAUCUUUAUAGUGAAGGUACAAAGGUAGCACUUGGACGAAAUGGUACAUUAAUGCAACCAUGUGAUGAUAUUGAAGCAUUAUUUAGUCAUUCAUAUUUUCUUGGCUCAAAUAUAUAUGUUGUACCAGUUUUACAAGAUCCAACACCUGGUCAAACACAACGUUUAUGGUUACCAAAAAGUACAACAAAUCAAUGGAUUAAUUAUUUUAAUACAUCAAUUAUACAUAAAUCCCAUACAUUUAUUAAAGAAGAUACAAGUAGUCUUUAUCGUAUACCAAUUUAUAUUGAACAAAAUUCUUUAAUUCCAAUGUAUGAUAUUGAAAAAAGUUAUUCUCUUAAUGCAUUCAAAUUUGUUUUAUGGGGUAAAAUUAUAUCAGAUAAACAACAAGCAACAUUAUUUACACGUGAUGGUCAACAAUGGUUAUUAGAAUUUAAUCGUUUUCAACAAAAAUUAACUGUACAUUUCAUUCAACAAUAUGAUUCAAAUGAAAAAUAUGAAUGGAUAUGGAAAUUUUGUCAAUAUGUUAAUGAACAAGAAAUUUGUUCACAUAAAUGGUUAUCACUUUAUGAUAAGGCAUCUGUUCAACUUGAAUUUUUGGUUUAA